UCCCUUGUAUGUCCAAAAUUUACUCUUCUUCUGCGUUAUGUAUAUAGCAUGCAACCAAAACCAAAAACCCUUAAAACAUUUGUCUGUGUCAAGUUUUGGAUUCCCUCCAUGUUUCCACGUUUCGGCUGCCCAUGUAUUGCUUCUUGACACCUCUUUGAAAAGUGGGUUACAGUUUCCUUAUACACCCAGAAUUGAUAUGUGCAAGUUUUUGAGGACACCCCAGUUCAUAUAUUUUUAAGUUUGCUGCGAUUACAAGGGUUUUCUUCUUGAUUAUUUUUUCAGUUGCAGUAGGUAUGAACAGAGAAAUGGAAGUAGAAGUUAGGAUCAGCGAAGCCCUAGUCCUAGAGAGUGAAGUAAAAGUCAUGGAUGGGUUCAAGAGAGGACCCGAUUACGUUGAAGUUACUUGUGGUUGUACAAGCAAGAAGUACGGCGAUGCCAUGGCAACCCUUAGAGUUUAUGCAAAUGGCAAAUUUCUGAUAAGCUGCGACUGUAGUCCUGGAUGCAGAGAGGAGAGAUUCACACCCUAUGAAUUUGAGAAACAUUCGAGGAGGGAAGGAAGGAGGAAGUGGCCCAGCAACUUAUGGGUGCUAAUGAAAGAUAAAAAGGUGCCACUGUGGAGAACCCCAUUACUCAAGUAUUACAAGCAUAAGGCUAACGGAGCAAGUGGGUCGAUGAGACGAAUAUUUCAUCGUGAUGAAUUCAUUAAGUGCUCGAAAUGCAAGAAACAGCGCAGGUUUCGUCUGAGGACCAAGGAGGAAUGCAGGAUCUACCAUGAGGCUUUGCUCAAGAAAAGGUGGAAGUGCGCUGAUGGGCCUUAUUUCAAGAUAACAUGCAUGGAUGAUGAAGAGCGCGCUAGCCGCAAGAACCGCAGAGGUUGUCCUCGGUUAGCGUCAUGCCAGGGCUGCACUUCUUGCGUCUGCCUUGGGUGCCUCAAGUGCAGGUUUCUUGAUUGCAACUGCCGCACUUGUAUGGACUUCAUGCAAAACGCAACACCUUAGGGUUUUCGCUCCUUUGCAUGCAUGCUCUUCCAUUUCGAGUUGGCCCUAAUUGCCCUUGGGAAGUGAACAAAAAGAUAUUCUGAAAGUUUUGAUUUUUCAGUGUUUCAGUAGAGAAGGUGAUUUCAAUCUUUUUCUUGUGCUUCCAGUGAACAGUGGCUUUUGCCAUUGUCAAAAUUACAUCUGCAAUUUACCAUA